GUUGCUUAUUUCAGGCUUCGGUGCAUGUGUCCUUAGUCAUACUCAUAUAGUUACAUGCCAGUGUGACCCUCUAUAUCACUUGGUACUUCCUACACACUCACCACGCGAUAAGUGUUUCACUCAUUUGACUUCCUGGUACCCUUAGAUAUUCCCUCUUUACCUCGUUGGCACAUGGUCUGCUUUUUGAGCAGUUGUGUUUGUUUUCUUUGCCUACUUCUGCUGCAUUCCUUAACCAUGGAGUUCAAGGAUGAGGAGCUGGAAGGCAUGGCCACACUCUUUAAGAAGUUGGGGAUGCAACCGAAGGCUGACACGCCUGAGGAUUUUAAAGCCUGGAUCAAGGACAUGUAUUCUCACCAAGGCCCUCUUACCGGGGAAUAUGAAGAGACAACUGGACCUCCUACUCAACCACAGACACAGGAUGUUAAGCCUGUAGCUGUAGCAUACCAUCAGUUCCCUAAGCUGCCAUUGUUUAGUGGAGAUUUUCAGGGCAAGGAUGUCUCAUUUGACCUUUGGACUUACGAAGUGGAUUGUCUCUUGAAGUCAACAAUCUAUACACCAGAUGUCAUUGAUCAGGCCAUCAGGCAUUCCUUGAAGGGAGAGGCAGCCAGAGUAGCAAUGAGGUUAGGAUCCAAGGCUUCAAUACAGGACUUACUGAACAAACUCUACAGUAUUUAUGGAACUGUUCAGCGCAGAGAAGCUCUCUUGGCUCAGUUUUAUAGCGCUUCCCAGGGUGAAGUUGAAGAUGUUGCUACUUGGGGAUGCCGUUUGGAACACUUGCUUUCCAAAGUCACGGAUCACCACGCUAUUCCUUUUCAAGAACAGGAUGACAUGUUGAGGAAUAUGUUGUGGAGUGGUCUUAGGCCAUCAUUGAAGAAUGUGUCCGGCCAUAAGUUUGAUUCUGUCUCCUCCUUUGAUGGACUCAGGAUAUCCCUGAGGGAGAUUGAGUAUGACAUGAAGCAAGGAAGAGAUCCAACACCAUCACCUAGGAAUAGGACUGCUACUGCCAAGAUGGCCUCCGAGUCAGAUACAGUGACGAGGAAAGAUAUUGAUAGUCUGACUUCUGCUAUCCAACAUUUGCAAAGUCAGGUUACAGAUCUGACGACCAAGCAACAGGGGACAGCCUAUGCCUAUCAGCACCAGGCUAUCACCCCCAGUCAACAGAGGGGCAGACGCCGAGGCAAUCUGCCAUUUACCUCUCAGGAAGUGAUUGCACCACCCCAAGGAGCUACCCCAUAUGGAUCCUUCUCACCCCACGGCUUGGAUCAAGGACCAGAUGAUAGAGUCUACGCACCACAAGGUAUUGGAGCUACCGCAAACCCUUACUACAGAGGUACAAGAGUAAACCAUAGCGGACAGGGACCUACACUUCCUACAUCUGGUGUUCAGAUAGGUGCACAGAGGAACCCGUAUCCACCACCACCUGAGAAGGAUUAUCCUUAUUCUACUAGGUCUCAGGAAGUUACAUGCUUCAGAUGUGGUUACCCAGGACACAUUGCCAUUGGAUGUCGAGUUCGUCUGGACCAUCUUCGUCGCCCUUUAAACUGGCAAGGGUCUAUGGGCAGGGGUCACCACUAGACUUACUUCAGAACCCCAACAGAGUACCUGAAGGAUUAGUUGGUCAAGCAAAUGAAGAUAACAUCAUGCUUGAUGGUAAGCCAGUUCGAGCUUUACUUGACACAGGAGCCACAGUGUCCAUCAUAUCUGAGUCCUUUUAUGAGGAACAGUUACAGCACAUUGAACUGGAGCCACUCGGUAAUAUUUUAGACAUUGAGUGUGCAGGCGGCGAGACUUUACCAUAUAAGGGGUUUAUUAAAGUGGAUGUAUCCAUCACUGGAGGAGGUGUUGAUGUUGAUGCUGUUCCAUGUUUAUUCCUUAUAGUACCAAGUACCAGAUACAGUGCCCGUGUACCGGUACUUCUAGGAACUAACAUCUUGAACUGCUUAUUGGACAAUUGCCGGAACCAGCAUGGAACUAGGUUUCUACAGAAGGCCCCAUUGCACACCCCGUGGUA